AUGAAUUCAACACAAUAUCAAAAAUGUUAUACGGUGCCAUCGUGCGAUAAAAAUACUUUAAAUGAGACAUCUCCAGAGCCGAAUUCACCACAACAUAAGAAAUGUUAUACGGAGCCGACGACAGGAGAUCAAAAUAUUGCAUUUAAGACAUGUCAAGAGCCGAAAUCUUAUCCGGAGCCGGAGACAUCAUUUAAGACAUGUCAAGAGCCGGUAAAAGAUCACUGCAAAAAAGAAGAUUGUGGUUAUCCAAAGCCUACAACUGAAACCGGACAAUAUCACAAAUGUUGUGCUUUAUCACCUGUUGCACCGACCCCUUUGGUCCGAAUCGAUUGUUGUGAAAAAGCUAGACCUUGCAGGAGCAAUUUUUGUUCUCCAGUAAAUGAUGAUUGUGAUGACUUUGAAUUGACACCAUACGGAAAAGAAUUCGUUCUAAGAACUGGAAGAAUAAUUCAUAAUUGUUCAUGUGUAAAACUCAACGGCCUACAAGAUUCGUGUAAACAUGCUGGUUGCUGCACUAGAAUAGGUUGCACGGACAUUCCAUUUCCAAAUUGCUUACCAGCACGUUUGUGGAAAAAUGAAUACAUCUGCAAAAAUAAGAAAAAACCCAAGUCUUGUCCAGACGUAUCUAUCAGUAGUACCAAUAAAAACUAA